AUGACCCCCGGUCAAGCCAGCUUGGCGAAGGGAUGGAUCAGUUUGAAGGCAAGGGAAACUUCUAGCAUUGGGAGGGAGUUACUUGGUGGCAACGGAAUUUUGGCUGAUUUUCUAGUUGCCAAGGAGACUGACACAUUUAGAUCAGAUGAAAAUGGAAUUUUUCAUUUAACGGAAGCCAUACCUGAGUUGCCUGGCACAUUGUUGCUGUUGUACAAGCUAUUCACUCUUCUGUAUUCGGGAUCACAUCGCAGGCAUUAUGUGAUUUAG